GUGGGGAUGGUAAUGGAGAUUUGGAGGCUGAGGCGAGGUGGGGGGGGAGUUGAUAUUUAAGCCACGGACAGAUUCUCCCCUUCAUCAGUCUUCCUCUCUCUCUCUCUCUCUCUCUCGGCGACAAACAAAGGCAUUGCUCCCUCACCAGCCAGCAUGUCCAGCACAGAGCCCACCACCAGCCUGGAGAAUGCAAUGCAGCUGAUGAUCCAGACUUUCCACAAGUACUCAGGGAAUGAGGGGGACAAGUUCACCCUGAGCAGGGGAGAGCUGAAGGAGCUUCUCACAGCGGAGCUGGGCAACUACCUGGGGAAUGCCCAGGACAAGGACGCAGUGGACAAAGUGAUGAAGGACCUGGACGCCAACAAUGACGGUGAGGUGGACUUCACAGAAUUCGUCAUCCUGGUGGGCGCGCUCACCGUGGCCUGCAAUGACUUCUUCCAGGACAAGCCUGAAAAGAAGGAGUGAAGGGGCGGGGCUUGGAGGGGAGGAGAGGCUGGAUAGGUCGUCUGGGCUACACUUAAAUAUGUCAAUCAGAAAACUGUACGAGAAGGAGGUGGAGAAGCACCACGUUUCCACAAGGACUCACCCCUCUGGCAAUUGAUAUUAGGGGAAUGAGGAGGAGAGUGUAGGGGAAGAUGCCUCACAAAUCCAGUCAUUCCCAAAGAAGACCCCCCCCCCCCCCCCCCACCAUUCCUACGAAAUCUGAAUCUUCAAGCUGGCUGGAAACACAACUGGAGUAGCAUCAGCACAUUAGCACAAGAAACAGGAAUGUUUGGAGAUCCAUCAAAAUAGUAUUCAGUUGUAUUUUUUUUUUGCUAAAUCUGUCACGGUCAUUUCUGUUUAUUUAAAAUGCUAUAGCCUUGUACGAAAUCAUCCAGCUGUUUCUCCUCAUUAGAAUAAACAUGGAUUUUAACCAA